AUGAACACAAGAGAAUAUCAUAAAACCAAAGCUAAACUAUACGACCACCUGGACAUGUUUCCGAAUAUGGUAGAGAGCAUAUCACAGCUGAUAUCCUCCGAGAAUGACCCCAAACUCAGCACUGAGGAAAGAAAUCUCUUUUCUGUGGCCUUCAAAAACACAAUCGACCCAAUGAGGACAGCCUUCCGUCAACUCAGUCGACUGAGAGACACCAACACAGAAGAAGUCACGUGCGAAAUAAUAUCCGAAGUACUCAACCAACAAAAAGAAGAAAUUGUAAAAAUAUGUAAUAAAAUAUCGGACAUUGUUCGAACACUUCUCCUCAAUGACCAACUCACUGACGAAAAUCGAGUUUUUUACUGCAAAAUGAUCGGGGAUUAUUUGAGGUACAAAGCCGAGCUCAAGACGGAGGACUACCCUCGUACCCUUCAUGGUCUCAGU